GCGGGAGUUCCGGGCCGAGCAAUAUCCGGCGCACCCAGCGCUGGUUUAAAGCGCACGCUUGCAACAACAAACCGCACCAACAAAAGGGUGCGGUGCCGCCGCGGAGACUUGGUCUCCUUGCGGGGCGGAGGCCGGGCGCCGAAGCGAGCUGGAGGCCAUGGUGGAACCCCGCGCUCCCAGGUUCAGCGAUGCCGCCCUGAAGGUCUUGGUGGAGCAGGUGAGAGCCCACAAGGAGGUCCUCUUCCCUUCGGAUGGCAGGAAGAUGCCCAGGCAGACCCUGCGCCAGGCCUGGAGGGAGGUGGCACUCUAUGUCAAUCUCAAGAGCAUCACUCCCAGGACCUGGUUGCAGUGCCGCAAGAAGUUCAAUGACCUCACCCGCACCGCCAGGGACAAGCUGGCGCAGAAACCAAGGAACCCGCUGGGCGGUGGAGAGCGCCCGCUUUCCAUCCAAGCCCCCACCCAGAUGGAGCAGGAGGCCCUGGACAUUGUGGAGAUCUACAGCCGGAGGAGCAUUGAGAACGGCGAGGCUGGAGGCCAAGUUUCACAGGGUCUGUCCCAUUAUCUGGGCUUGGCCGGGCACGAGAUGGAGGAGCGCCCCCUGAUGGGAGAGGUGCCAUCAUCAGCUCCGUCCUUUCAGUACCACAACACGGAGAUCAGCAUGGCUGAUGGGAGAGAGGGCGAACUCCAAGAGUCCUCACGCGGCGAAUUGUUCGGCAGUAGCGAGCAGGAGCUGAACAUACUGGAAAGGACACUGCAGGAGACAGAUGGCCACAGGGCCAGCUCCGACUCCAGCUAUGCCGAGGAGCACCGAGACGCGGAAUUGAGUGGCCCGGCUUUCAAGCGUAAGAUCUUCCACGUUCACCACCAACUGCUGGAAGCCUUGGACAGUUUGUCUCGGAGCUGCCUCACCCUAUCGGAGAGUGUUGAAGACUCUGCUUCCAUACUGUGUGGCGUUCUGCCUCAGGGUAUCACCACCCUGCAGUCUGCCAUGGAGCACAUGGUUAGCUCAGUGGAAGCGGCGGUGAAGCCCCCCGUUCUGGAGCCCAUGGCACCGGCCUUGGCCUCGUUGAUCGAGGCUCAGACCAGUGCCAUCCAGGCCCUGGCCUGCACCAUCUCCUCAGGCUUGGAAAGGUUGGGAGCGCGCAUCGACCGUGGCUUCGGCCGCGUCACCGGCCUCCUGGAGUCUGCCCUGCCACCGGCCAGCGGGGGCGCCGACGAGGCCCGGGCACGGGGCGGUGCGACGGGAGUGGUGCGGUCCUGCCCCCCUCGGGACUCCAGCGCGUCCACACCUUCACCGCAUCCCCAACCGCCCACUGCCCCGGAGGCAGCGAUGGUACCUCCACCCGAAGCCAGAGCCCCUCGUGCCCGGGCUCUUCGAGAUCGCCGACCGUAAGCUCCUCGCCAGCCCUGACCGAGUACCAGUGCCACUUAUUUAAGAGGGAGAUGUUUGUUGGGGGGAGCAGACAGGCGAAUUGGGGGGUGUUGCAGAAAUCACCUUUUUGUAGAAACACUAAAAGGAGCAAAGAAAGCACUUCCGAACCAGAAUGCAAACUCCACCUGGGUGACCGUGUUGGUUCACAGAAUUUAUAUGAAUCAAUAAAGUGUUACCCAGUUUGCAGCCCUGCCUUUGUCUGCUGGGUGCCUGUAUUGGUGACGAAGGACAUGAGAAUGUCUGACGUUAGGCGCAGUAGGGUGCUGCUACAGUCUGGUCUGUCAGUUAAAAGCUCACUGCAAAGUGGCCCAGUGGGACCAAAGUUUGCCCAAUGGCAACAAACAAGCUUAUGGUCAACUUGGGAAUGGGAAGGACUGCUUUCCAACGAGCUUCUGCUAGACUCAUGCUGGGUUCUUCGCUGUUUGUAUCAGUAUCCGUGAUGUGGGUUUCAUGUCGGGUGUGUAAGCUUAGGAGAAUGUGACAUAUUGGUAAUGUGUCCAUGUGGAUAGAGCAAUGAAGAAGGCUUUUGGCACA